AACUACAUCCUACAACUCCACCUUGUGACUAAUAAUAUACUGCAUGCCGGUGUAAGGUUUCCGGUGUUAUGGCGACCUGGAGCAUACGUUUUUGUUUGCAGAAGAGUUUGGGUUGUGCUGUGAGGUAAGCCAAGACGACUCUCCCAUGUGUUUCUGUGGAACUGACUAUGCUGCUGUUGGUAGCACUGGUCAUGGUCUGUACUUACACUGUGGUAGCUGCCGAGGAGGCUGAGAACACCAGCCACAAACCACCAUUCCACUAUAGCAGCCUCGCUCUGCCACAGCACCAUAUCCCCUACUUCCUCCACACUAACAAGAGAGUGGCCAGGCUUUGUCGAGAGGACCCGCUCUGCCCUUUUAAAGAUGCUCUGCUGGAUGUGUCGUCCUGCUGGGGCUAUGAGGAGAACUGUGCCCCAGAGAACCGCUUUAGCUAUCCUGUCUGCACCAAGAUCCACUCUGGAUGGGCCAGCUCAGUGGAGGCAGCCCAGGAGCUGUUCUGGAAACAGGGAGACUUUGGUUAUGUCAUGGAGCGCCUCAGUGAGAUGAAGACCCUCUGCAAGGCCACCAAUCCUGGAGAUUCAUCUCUGAAAUGCUCCAGCCACACUCGCUUCUGCAGGGCGACCAAUCUGUACCUGGACCUGAGGAACCCUCGCAGGGGUCAUGAGAGGUAUAAGGAGGACUUUCUCCAGGAGGGGGAGAUUGGGGGGCGUUGUAGUCUGAACAGCCUAGCGCUGGCCGCAGAAGGAGAGCACAAGAGCCCUCUGCAGUCCUGGUAUGCUGAACUGCAGGCAUACACAGAGCUGGACUUCAACCCCACAGAUGAAGAGCAUUGUGACAUCAUCAUUGAGAAACCUACUGUAUUCAUGAAGCUUGAUGCAGGGGUGAACAUGUACCAUCACUUCUGUGACUUUGUCAACCUGUACAUUUCCCAGCACAUCAACAACUCCUUCAGCAGAGACAUCAAUAUCCUUAUGUGGGAUACGAGUUUUAAUGGAUAUGGGGAUCUGUUCAGUGAGACAUGGAAGGCUUUCUCUGACUAUGACAUCAUCCAUCUGAAAACAUUUGACACUAAAAGGGUGUGCUUCAAAGAUUCCGUGUUCUCCCUGCUCCCCAGGAUGAGAUAUGGGCUGUUCUAUAACACACCUUUGAUAUCUGACUGCUACAGUGAAGGGAUGUUCAGGGCCUUCUCCCAGCAUGUUCUAUAUCGACUCAGCGUUCCACAGGAUGGACCCAUGGAGGGGAGGAUUCGGGUGACGUUGUUGGCACGCAGCACAGACUACCGUAAGAUAUUGAACCAGCAGGAGCUCAUAAAGGCCCUGAAGACUGUGCCUCUACUUGAGGUCAGAGUGGUGGAUUACAAAUACAAGGAGGUUCCGUUCCUCGAGCAGCUCAGCAUUACCCACAACUCUGACAUCUUCAUCGGGAUUCACGGGGCAGGACUUACUCACCUGCUCUUCCUUCCUGAUUGGGCUGUCAUCUUUGAGCUAUAUAACUGUCAGGAUGAGAGCUGCUAUCGAGAUCUGGCUCGGCUGCGGGGGAUCCGAUAUGUGACUUGGCAGAAGAGGGACAAAGUGCUCCCAGAAGAUAAGGGUCACCAUCCCACCCUGGGGGAUCAUCCUAAGUUCACCAACUACUCGUUUGAUGUGGAGGAGUUCAUGCGUCUGGUGCUGGAAGCAGCAGACUAUGUCCAGCACCACCCCGAGUGGCAGCCCCUGCCCAGCCAUGACGAACUGUAAGCCUGCAGCACGAGGACAGUUUGGUGAAGUCAAACACACGACUAAAACACAGCCGUCUUAUAAAUCUAAAAGUAUAUUUAAUACUAGUUGUUGUACACUGCUCAAAAAAAUAAAGGGAACACUAAAAUAACACAUCCUAGAUCUGAAUGAAUGAAAUAUUCUUAUUAAAUACUUUUUUCUUUACAUAGUUGAAUGUGCUGACAACAAAAUCACACAAAAAUUAUCAAUGGAAAUCAAAUUUAUCAACCCAUGGAGGUCUGAAUUUGGAGUCACACUGUCCACCGCCAAACCGGUCAUGCUGGAGGAUGUUGCAGGCAGCAGAACGUUCUCCACAGCGUCUCCAGACUCUGUCACGUCUGUCACAUGUGCUCAGUGUGAACCUGCUUUCAUCUGUGAAGAGCACAGGGCGCCAGUGGCGAAUUUGCCAAUCUUGGUGUUCUCUGGCAAAUGCCAAACGUCCUGCACGGUGUUGGGCUGUAAGCACAACCCCCACCUGUGGACGUCGGGCCCUCAUACCACCCUCAUGGAGUCUGUUUCUGACCGUUUGAGCAGACACAUGCACAUUUGUGGCCUGCUGGAGGUCAUUUUGCAGGGCUCUGGCAGUGCUCCUCCUUGCACAAAGGCGGGGGUAGCAGUCCUGCUGCUGGGUUGUUGCCCUCCUACGGCCUCCUCCACGUCUCCUGAUGUACUGGCCUGUCUCCUGGUAGCGCCUCCAUGCUCUGGAUACUACGCUGACAGACACAGCAAACCUUCUUGCCACAGCUCGCAUUGAUGUGCCAUCCUGGAUGAGCUGCACUACCUGAGCCACUUGUGUGGGUUGUAGACUCCGUCUCAUGCUACCACUAGAGUGAAAGCACCGCCAGCAUUCAAAAGUGACCAAAACAUCAGCCAGGAAGCAUAGGAACUGAGAAGUGGUCUGUGGUCACCACCUGCAGAACCACUCCUUUAUUGGGGGUGUCUUGCUAAUUGCCUAUAAUUUCCACCUGUUGUCUAUUCCAUUUGCACAACAGCAUGUGAAAUUUAUUGUCAAUCAGUGUUGCUUCCUAAGUGGACAGUUUGAUUUCACAGAAGUGUGAUUGACUUGGAGUUACAUUGUGUUGUUUAAGUGUUCCCUUUAUUUUUUUGAGCAGUGUAUAUUAUGAAGGUUAAAUUUAGGUUUACAAACAAACAUCACUUUUCAGCUAUUUAUUAUUUCAUUUUUUUCUGCAGUGAGUCUUUAACACAGCCUUCUAGGCCAACACAGCCCAAGGUGCAUCUCAGUAGCGAUAAUAAAGAGAAAUCAAAUGGCCUUGGCAAACUUAGAGUACCUGCUACCAUUUCCCUUGUUAGAGAACAGUAUAUGUGCUAUACAUACACUCCUUACAACAAAUGACUAUUUCUAUGACAUGCUGCCACUGGUGGUUGCCGGAAUGAUCAUUUGUUUACGUUCUAAAAACAGUUAUUUUCUGCAUUUUCUGAUUUAAAGUGGUGUGUUGUAGACAGACCGGGAUGGAACCUUCAACAUGUUGUGAAUGUGCCCGUUUUAUCAACACCGCAGAAUUGUCUUUGCAACUAUUUUGUAGUCACUACAUAUAGUAAACUUCCAUGAAAGGGAAAACACAAAUGAUAUAAUCAAUCUAAAGCUGGAUGUUUUAUUUAUAAGUGAAAGGGAGUCAGACCUUUUGGUCAAUGUUUUGGAAAGUCUUGUAAGUCAUGGUAUAUUUCAAAGCCAUGGAAAUGUUUUGAAAUAAACCUUUUCAAAAGUG